UUGUCAUUGUUCAAGUGGCACGGGCACUAAUAUAAAACGCCCAAAUACACGUAUACAACAUGUUUCCGUCACCUAAAAUAUUUAGUGCGUGUGCGUUUAUAGUGUUUGCAUUAGUUUCUAGUGGGGAUUGCCAAAUAUGUACGAGAAGAGUAAAUUCACUCCGCUGGGUCCGAGAGACAUACCUCCAAACGUACAGGGAAUCUUAUAAUGGUCAUUGCUUCUUCCGAUGCACCAAAUAUCGCACCCGAUCGUACCAAGCUGAAAAGAGAGUGCCGAAAAACGUCGUGGAAACUCUCGACGAAUGUUGUAUGGGCUAUUACCAAACGGAAAGUUCAUCUGGUAGUUUAUUUUCAAGUGAGAGAAUUAAAUGUGAACCGAUCUGCAGACCAUCAUGUAGAAAUGGCUAUUGCAAGUCGCCAGGUCGAUGCGCAUGUUACGAAGGCUACCAAUUAGCCAGAUACAUGUGCUAUCCCAUAUGCGAUAAAAAUUGUGAGCAUGGAACAUGCAUAGAGCCGAAUAAAUGUAAGUGUGAUUUUGGAUAUGAAUUGCAAAAUGGCACUUGUAAACCUCAUUGCAACGAGCCGUGUAUCAACGCCAGCUGCAUCGCUCCGGAUACAUGCGAAUGCCUCCCCGGAUAUAGAAAAUCUGAAAACAACCUUUGUCUUCCUUACUGUUCCAAUGGAUGUACUCACGGGACUUGCGUGAGUCCGGAAAACUGCAGUUGUGACGAUGGUUGGUACAAAAAUGAAAAUACUUGUGCGCCACGUUGUGAUAUUGAUUGCGGUGGCGGUUAUUGCGGAGCUCCGAAUACUUGCGUAUGUUACCAAGGCUAUAAAUAUUCGGAAAAUGGGACUUGUGUACCUCAUUGUUCAAAUGGAUGUCUCCACGGAACUUGUGUUAGUCCAGAAAACUGCACUUGUAACGAUGGAUACCGAAAAAAUUCAGUGGACGAAGCUUGUUUACCCGUUUGUGACUUUGAAUGCGGCAAUGGUGGUGCAUGCGAUGCCCCAAACCAUUGUAAUUGUCACGUUGGAUACGAAAAAUCGGUUAACGGAUCCUGUGUUGCUGUUUGCGACAGUGAGUGUAUCCAUGGAACUUGUUUCAGCCCGCAUGUGUGUACUUGUAACGCUGGAUAUGAAAAAAGACCAGAAAAUGAUACGUGUCUACCGAUUUGUGAAAUAGAUUGCGGAACCGGUGGUACCUGUGUUGGUCCAAACGUUUGUGAAUGCCACAGAGGUCAUAAGAAGUCAAAAAAUGAUACGUGUAUACCUCAUUGCUUUAGUGGAUGUUUCCACGGUACCUGCGUUAGUCCUGAGAACUGCAGCUGUGAUGACGGGUGGUAUAAAAAUGAAAACAUUUGUUCGCCCCGAUGUGAUAGCGAUUGUGGAGGCGGUACCUGUGUAGCUCCUAACAUUUGCAUGUGCCACGUUGGAUAUAAUAAUUCGGAAAACGGAACAUGCUUACCUUAUUGCUCAAAUGGAUGUCUCCAUGGAACGUGUGUAAGUCCAGAAAACUGUACUUGCAACUAUGGAUAUCAAAAAAAUUCAAGCGACGAAGUUUGCUUACCUGUUUGUGAUUAUGAAUGUGGUGAUGGUGGCACAUGCACUGCCCCGAACCACUGCGAUUGCCAUCAUGGUUAUAAGAAAAAUGUAAAUGGUACGUGUCAGCCAGUUUGUAGUUUUGAUUGCGGAGUGGGUGGUACAUGUCAUAGUCCAGAUUUUUGCGAAUGUCACAGUGGUUAUAAAAAAACAAAUGAUUGGGUCUGUGUACCUCAUUGCUCUAAUGAAUGUCUCCACGGUACUUGUGUUGGUCCCGAAAAUUGUACAUGUGACUUUGGAUGGUAUAAAAAUUCUGACGAUGGUGCUUGCUAUCCCAUUUGUGAACCUAGCUGCGGCGAAGGCGGUAUUUGCAUUUCUCCGAAUGUGUGUCAAUGUAACGCUACUUAUGAAUUAACAGAUACUGGAACAUGUGCACCUUAUUGUUCUCAAGGUUGCCCAAACGGCAUUUGUAUUAAACCAGAAAUAUGUCAAUGUCUUGAAGACUGGAGUAAAAAUGAGUCGGGUGAUUGUACACCCAUUUGUGAAAAACCUUGCGGCAACGGUUCCUGCUUAGCACCAAAUAUUUGCAAAUGUUUCGAAGGAUACAAAUUAGAUGAAGAAAAUGCUUUUGAUUUUUUUAAUGAAUCACUUUGCAUUCCUAAAUGUAGGGGAUGUAAUGGUACUUGUAUAGCUCCAGAUUUGUGCAGUUGUGAUGUUCCUUUCGAAGCAAAGAAUGUUUCAAUAAAUGAUGGAGACUGUAAUUGUCACACGAACUGUACUAAAGACUCCAUAAAAUGUGACCAUAUUGUUUGUGUUACGGUAAAAGGCGAUUGGGAUCCUACCACGGAUGUGACAUAUAGUAUUUCAAGUAAUGUUAACUACACCAGUAUUCCUUACGGUGAAAAAAAUGAUACGAUAACUUAUGAGCCAAGUGUUGAUGAAAAUCAUGGUGUCACAGUUGAUGUUAAAGUUGUCGAAACAAUUAACGGUACAGAAAAUAAUGAAAGUAGUUCUUUAGUUAAUACCACGAAAAGUUAUUGGUCACAAUACUGGAUUUUUAUCGUUGCAUUUGUUGUAGUUUUAACAACAAUUGUAGGCCUAGUUUUAGUUAUGAAGCGAAGGGCGCUUUCAGAUUACUGUAACGGAGGCACUUACCCUCUCGAAGAUGAAAAAACAAUAGAUUUGUCUACCUCUUUGUGAAGAACAAAAAUAUAGAAUCAUCGAAUAUCUUUGGACACGUCAGGACGAUUCAAGCAAACUCCACCUGGCUGUUAUUAGUCUAUGAAAUUAAAAUUAGUAAAUAAUAGCAUUAGGUCUUCAUCAUUGUUCUCAACUUGAUGUCACAAUUCUGGGUAAAGAAUUACCUUAAAUAAGAAGAAGAAGAAAAAGGAUUUCAAGCUUAGACCUUUUUAAUGACCUUCCUGGCGCAGCGUUUAGCGUUGUGGUUCUAACUUAAAGGUCUCGGGUUUGAUUAGGGGUAGGGGCAAUAUGGGAAUUUAUAUUUGUUGUAUUUUAUCUCGUCUGGACUGGUGGGAGGCUUUGGUCGGGGCUAGUUACCACCCUACCGAAAUAGACGUCGUAAGCGAUUAA